CGGCAACUUUGGGAUGGAGUUUGUGCGGACGCUGUGGCUCGGCCUGGCGCUGGCGCUGGGGCCGGGGCCGGGGCCCGCGGGGGGCCACCCGCAGCCGUGCGGCGUCCUGGAGCGCCUGGGGGGCUCGGUGCGCCUGGGCGCCCUCCUGCCCCGCGCGCCCGCCGCCCGCGCCCGCGUCCGCGCCGCCCUGGCCCGGGCCGCCCUGGCGCCGCGGCUGCCGCACAACCUGAGCCUGGAGCUGGUGGCCGCCGCGCCCCCUGCCCGCGACCCCGCCUCACUGGCCCGCGGCCUGUGCCAGGCGCUGGCGGCGCCGGGCGUGCGGGCCGUGCUCGCUUUCCCGGGGGCGCGGCCCGAGCUGCGGCAGCUGCACUUCCUGGCGGCCGCCGCCGAGACCCCCGUGCUCAGCGUGCUGCGGCGGGAGGCGCGCGCGCCCCUCGGAGACCCGAAUCCGUUCCACCUGCAGCUGGACUGGGCCAGCCCCCUGGAGACGCUGCUCGACGUGCUGGUGUCUGUGCUGCAGGCCCAUGCCUGGGAGGACGUCGGCCUGGUGCUCUGCCGCGUGCGGGACCCUGCUGGGCUGGUGGCCCUCUGGACCGCCCGGGCCGGCGGGGCCCCAAAGCUUGUGCUGGACCUGGGUCGGCCGGAGCCGGGUGCCGCGGGGCUGCGGGCACGCCUGGCCCCCCUGGGGGCCCCGACGGGGGGCUCGGCCCCAGUGCCCGUGGCUGCGCUCCUCGGCUGUGACGCGGCCCGCGCCCUCCGGGUGCUGCGGGCCGCGCCCCCGGGGCCCCGCUGGCUGCUGGGCACACCACUGUCCCCUGAGGUACUGCCCACGGACGGCCUGCCCCUCGGGCUGCUGGCGCUGGGCGAGGUGGCUCGGCCCCCGCUGGAGGCCGCCAUUCAUGACGCCGUGGAGCUGGUGGCUCGCGCCCUGGGAAGCGCGGCCCGUGCGGAACCGGAGCGCGCCCUCCCCCCCGCCACGGUCAACUGCCACGACCCACGCCCGGCCGGGUCCCCGUCCUCGGGCCGCUUGCUGGCACGGUUCCUGGCCAACACGUCCUUCCAGGGCCGCACGGGGCCAGUGUGGGUGACCGGCUCCUCCCAGGUGCACGUGUCGCGGCUCUUCCGAGUGUGGAGCCUGCGCCAGGACCCGCGGGGCGCCCCGGCCUGGGCCACGGUGGGCAGCUGGCGGGCCGGGCGGCUGGAGUCGGAGCCGGGCGGCGCGGCCGCGCGGCCCCCGCCGGCGCCGGGAGCCGGAGGCCGGCCCAAGCUGCGCGUGGUGACGCUGGUGGAGCACCCGUUCGUGUUCACCCGCGAGCCGGACGAGGACGGGCAGUGCCCCGCGGGGCGGCUGUGUCUGGCCCCCGGCACCAACGACUCGGCCGCGCUGGACGCGCUGUUCGCCGCCCUGGCCAACGGCUCGGCGCCGCGGGCGCUGCGCAAGUGUUGCUACGGCUACUGCAUCGACCUGCUGGAGCGCCUGGCGGAGGACGCGCCCUUCGACUUCGAGCUGUACAUCGUGGGCGACGGCAAGUAUGGCGCCCUGCGGGACGGCCGCUGGACCGGCCUGGUGGGCGACCUGCUGGCCGGCAGGGCCCACAUGGCCGUCACCAGCUUCAGCAUCAACUCGGCGCGCUCCCAGGUGCUGGACUUCAGCAGCCCCUUCUUCUCCACCAGCCUGGGCAUCAUGGUGCGCGCCCGGGACGCGGCCUCGCCCAUCGGCGCCUUCACGUGGCCGCUGCACUGGUCCAUGUGGCUGGGCGUCUUCGCGGCCCUGCACCUCACCGCGCUCUUCCUCACGCUGUACGAGUGGCGCAGCCCCUACGGCCUCACGCCCCGCGGCCGCAACCGGGCCACCGUGUUCUCCUACUCCUCGGCGCUCAACCUCUGCUACGCCAUCCUGUUCGGACGCACGGUCUCCAGCAAGACGCCCAAGUGCCCCACGGGCCGCUUCCUCAUGAACCUGUGGGCCAUCUUCUGCCUGCUCGUGCUGUCCAGCUACACGGCCAACCUGGCCGCCGUCAUGGUCGGGGACAAGACUUUCGAGGAGCUGUCGGGGAUCCAUGACCCCAAGCUGCACCACCCGUCCCAGGGCUUCCGCGUGGGCACCGUGUGGGAGAGCAGCGCCGAGGCCUACAUCAAAAAGAGCUUCCCCGACAUGUACGCGCACAUGCGGCGCCACAGCGCGCCCACCACGCCCCACGGCGUCUCCAUGCUCACGAGCGACCCCCCCAAGCUCAACGCCUUCAUCAUGGACAAGUCGCUCCUGGACUACGAGGUCUCCAUCGACGCCGACUGCAAACUACUGACCGUGGGCAAGCCUUUCGCCAUGGAGGGCUACGGCAUCGGACUCCCUCAGAACUCGCCGCUCACUUCCAACCUGUCCGAGUUCAUCAGCCGCUACAAGUCCUCCGGCUUCAUCGACUUGCUGCACGACAAGUGGUACAAGAUGGUGCCUUGUGGGAAGCGCGUCUUCGCCGUUACCGAGACGCUGCAGGUGGGCAUCUACCACUUCUCGGGACUCUUCGUGCUGUUCUGCCUGGGCCUCGGCAGCGCCCUGCUCAGCUCUCUGGGGGAGCACGUCUUCUACCACCUGGUGCUCCCGCGCAUGCGAAGAGGCAACAGGCUGCAGUACUGGCUGCACACCAGCCAGAGAAUCCACCGCGCGCUCAACACAGAGCCUCCGGAAGGUCACGAGGAGCCAGAGCCAAGGGCUCCCGAGCAGCAGCAGGACACGCCCACGGCCUCUGCAGGUAAGGGGGGCUGGACACACGUGCGCCGGGCCGCGGCGAGGGAGCGUCGUGUGCGCUUCCUACUGGAGCCCGGCGUGGCCGCCGCAGCGCCGGACUCGGAGGCCGGGCCCCCGGAAGGCCCCGUCUGGCUCUGCUCCAACGGCCGCCUGUCCUCGGGCGCCCCAGGCCCCGGUGAGCUGGAGCAGCUGGAGCAGCGCAUCAGGAGCGCGCAGAAGCGGCUCCACCAGGCCCUGGUGCGGCGCCGAGAGCUCCUGGCCCAGCUCGGGGAUGGCCCCGGCGACCAGCCUCUGCACCUGCCCGAGGCCUGCUCCGAAGCAGCCGAAGCACCUGAAGUCACGGGUGACUCCUCCCAGGGAACGCCCCCCCCACCCCUGCCGGCCUGGACGGGGCGGCCCCCACUCCGGAGCCUGCACAGAAGCCGUCCUAGCCCGACGGGAGGAAGCACGGAGGCCCCUCCCUGACCGCACACACAGACGCCGCCAGGCCGCCGUCAACAGUUUAUUCUAUAUACAAACACGAUUUUGUACACUGCAAUUAAAUAGGAUGGAAUGAG